GCUCUUCCCGACGAUGCGGAGCCGGAGCCGGAGCCGGAGCCGGGCCCGGCCCCCGCGCCCGCCCCGCAGCCUCUGAUUCGCCCCCGCCGGGACGCGCCGAGCCGCGGCGGCGGCUGCAGCGACGCGGGCAUGGGACCGAGAGCGGCGGCGGCGCUGGCGGCGGCGCUGGCCGUGGCCGCGGUGCUGGCGGCCUGCUGCGGCCGCAGCCGCGGGGAGAUUUGCAGGAGCAUGGACAUUCGCAACAAUCUGACCCGGCUUAAUAUGCUUGAGAACUGCACUGUGAUUGAGGGCCACUUGCAAAUAUUGCUGAUGUUUAAAACCAAGCCUGAAGAUUUCCGUGAGCUCAGCUUUCCUAAACUGACUAUGAUUACAGACUACUUGCUUCUUUUUCGUGUGUAUGGCCUAGAGAGUUUAAAGGGGCUUUUCCCUAACCUCACUGUGAUUCGAGGAACUCAUCUGUUUUUUAACUACGCGCUAGUCAUUUUUGAGAUGGUUCACUUGAAGGAGAUCGGCCUCUAUAACCUGAUGAACAUAACUCGAGGUGCUGUGCGGAUUGAGAAGAACAACGAACUGUGUUACUUGUCCACGAUUGACUGGUCAAGGAUUUUAGACUCUGUAGAAGAUAAUUACAUCAUUGCCAACAAGGAUGACAAGGAAGAGUGUGGAGAUGUGUGUCCAGGAACUGUGAAAGGGAAAAGCAACUGUCCGCCUACUGUAAUAAAUGGCAUUUUCAUUGAACGCUGCUGGACCCAUGAUCGCUGCCAGAGAGUUUGCCCGCCUGCCUGCAAGUCGCAAGGCUGCACCUCUGAUGGUCAGUGCUGUCAUAGCGAAUGUCUUGGGGACUGCACGGAGCCGAACAACCCGGAGAAAUGCGUGGCUUGCCGCAACUUUUACCUUGAUGGCAAAUGUGUGGAUACCUGCCCACCCAAUUACUAUCACUUUGAGGGAUGGCGCUGUGUGACCUUCGGCUUCUGCCAGGAACUACACAACAAAUGCAAAAAUGCCCGGGAGUCAGGGUGUCACGUUAUCCACAACAACGAGUGUGUUCAUGAAUGCCCGUCAGGGUACAUCAUGAAUUCCAGCAACUUGCACUGUACUCCCUGUGCAGGGCCCUGCCCAAAGGUUUGCGACUACGGCAAAGAGAAGACUAUUGAUUCAGUGACAUCUGCCCAGGAGCUCCGUGGCUGCACAGUUGUUAAUGGAAGCUUAGUUAUAAAUAUCCGCGGAGGAAAUAACAUAGCAGCUGAGCUAGAAGCAAAUCUUGGCUUGAUUGAGGAAAUCUCAGGUUACCUAAAAAUUCGCCGGUCCUAUGCCUUGGUUUCGCUUUCUUUUUUUCGUAAACUACAUCUGAUUAGAGGAGAAACAUUAGAAGCUGGGAAUUACUCUUUUUAUGCCUUGGACAACCAGAAUCUUCGCCAGCUUUGGGACUGGAGUAAGCACAACCUUACCAUUGCACGAGGCAAACUCUUCUUCCAUUAUAAUCCCAAACUGUGUUUAUCAGAAAUCCACAAGAUGGAGGAGAUUUCUGGGACUAAAGGGCGUCAGGAAAGGAAUGACAUAGCCCUGAAGACAAACGGUGACCAAGCCUCAUGUGAAAAUGAAUUGUUAAAAUUUUCUUCUAUUAGAACAUCUCAUGACAAGAUCCUAUUGAAGUGGGAGCCGUACUGGCCUCCUGAUUUCCGUGAUCUCCUGGGAUUUAUGCUUUUUUACAAAGAAGCUCCCUACCAAAAUGUGACAGAGUUCGAUGGCCAAGAUGCUUGUGGGUCAAACAGCUGGACAGUUGUGGAUGUUGACCCUCCUCCACGGUCAAAUGAGCCCAAAGCCCAGGCCCAGCCAGGCUGGCUUCUGAGGGGCUUGAAGCCAUGGACGCAGUACGCUGUGUUUGUUAAAACCCUGGUCACCUUCUCGGAUGAACGAAGGACGUAUGGUGCAAAGAGUGAAAUUAUCUACGUCCAGACCAAUGCUACUGUUCCUUCAGUCCCAUUGGAUCCGAUAUCUGUUUCUAAUUCUUCAUCCCAAAUCAUUUUGAAAUGGAAGCCCCCCUCCGAGCCCAACGGAAACAUCACGCACUACCUGGUGUUCUGGCAGCAGCAGGCAGAAGACAGCGAGCUUUAUGAACUUGAUUAUUGCUUGAAGGGAUUAAAACUGCCCUCAAGGACGUGGUCUCCUCCUUUUGAAUCCGAAGACCCUCAGAAAUACAAUCAAAGUGAAAAUGAGGAUGUCAGCGGAGAAUGCUGCUCCUGUCCUAAAACAGACUCUCAAAUACAAAAGGAGCUGGAGGAGUCUGCCUUCCGCAAGACAUUUGAGAACUAUCUUCACAAUGAGGUUUUUGUCCCCAGGCCAUCAAGAAAACGAAGAGACCUUGGCUCCAUGGCAAAUGCCACUGUGGUGAUACCCACCAUCCCAUCCUCUCCAAACGCUUCUGUAGCAGCAUCUGAGAACACAGAUGAACAGAAACCUUUUGAAAAAGUUAAGUCUAAGGAGUCCUUGGUUAUCUCAGGCCUGCGGCAUUUUACAGGGUAUCGCAUUGAGCUCCAUGCUUGUAACCAUGAUGCUCAGGAAUCCCGAUGCAGUGUUGCAGCUUACGUCAGUGCCAGGACCAUGCCCGAAGCUAAGGCUGAUGACAUCGUUGGUCCAGUUACUCAUGAACUGGUUGAAAAAAAUACCGUGCAUUUGAAAUGGCAGGAACCAAAGGAACCAAAUGGUCUUAUUGUGCUGUAUGAAGUGAAUUAUGGACGUCUUGGGGAGACAGAGGAAGCCCACUACUGCGUUUCCCGUAAGCAUUUUGCCAGUGAACAGGGCUGUAAACUGCGUGGACUGCAGCCUGGAAACUACAGUGUCCGUAUACGAGCUACCUCACUGGCUGGAAAUGGCUCAUGGACAGAACCUACUUAUUUCUAUGUGGCUGAUUAUUUGAAUGCUCAGCCUAAUAUUGCUGUUAUAAUUGUUCCGAUCAUUUUUGCGAUAAUACUUGCUGGAAUUAUUGGAGCUGCUUACGUGCUUGUGAAAAAGAGACAAACUGAAGGACCAACUGGGCCACUCUAUGCAUCCUCUAACCCCGAAUACCUCAGCGCCAGUGAUGUUUAUGUCCCGGACGAGUGGGAGGUCCCACGAGACAAGAUCACGCUCCUCCGAGAGCUGGGACAGGGCUCUUUCGGCAUGGUGUAUGAAGGGAUUGCCAAGGACAUAGUAAAGGGAGAGCCAGAGACUCGAGUAGCUGUAAAAACUGUCAAUGAAUCAGCCAGCCUCCGAGAGCGCAUUGAAUUCCUAAACGAAGCUUCUGUGAUGAAAGGGUUCAGCUGCCAUCAUGUGGUUCGCCUCCUCGGGGUGGUCUCCAAGGGGCAACCUACUCUAGUGGUGAUGGAGUUAAUGGCCCAUGGAGAUUUGAAAAGCUACCUUCGCUCUUUGAGACCUGAUGCUGAGAAUAACCCUGGUCGUCCCCCACCAACACUGAGAGAAAUGAUCCAGAUGGCUGCAGAGAUUGCUGAUGGUAUGGCCUAUCUGAAUGCCAAAAAAUUUGUCCACAGAGAUCUUGCAGCUCGUAACUGUAUGGUUGCAGAAGACUUCACUGUAAAAAUUGGCGACUUUGGCAUGACCAGAGAUAUCUAUGAGACAGAUUAUUACCGAAAGGGAGGCAAAGGACUGCUGCCGGUGCGGUGGAUGGCACCUGAAUCACUAAAGGAUGGUGUUUUCACUGCUUAUUCGGAUGUGUGGUCAUUUGGUGUUGUCCUUUGGGAAAUAAGCAGUUUAGCAGAGCAGCCAUACCAGGGACUGUCCAACGAACAGGUGCUAAAGUUUGUAAUGGAUGGAGGAUACCUGGAUCAGCCAGACAACUGCCCUGAGAGGCUGCACAGCCUGAUGCAGAUGUGCUGGCAGUACAACCCUAAAAUGCGCCCCACCUUCAUUGAGAUCAUCGAGAUGCUGAAGGAGGACUUGCACCCCAGCUUCCAUGAGGUCUCGUUCUUUUACAGUGAGGAGAACAAACCUCUGGAAACAGAGGAGUACGAGAUGGACUUUGAGAACAUGGAGAGCAUUCCCCUCGAUCCCUCCUCAUACUCGCAGAGGGACAAAGUUCUGGGUCGGGACAAUGGACCCUCCAUGGCCCUCAAGGGGAACUAUGAAGAGCACAUACCUUACACUCACAUGAACGGUGGCAAGAAAAACGGGCGGAUUCUCUCCAUGCCCAGGUCAAGCCCUUCCUAACGCUUCCUGUUUGGCCCAAGGGUUGUGUCUGCUUUUUCCCCUUCACAAAUCUCAGGACUCUUCUUAUUGCUGCCACAGUGUAUGACACACAUCUACAAACUCUUCAGAUUUUUAAUCAUCUUAUGAUUAAUACUUUUUUUUUUUUUUUGCCAAGUUGACUGGUUGUCAGUGGACUUAUCUGUGAAUAUAAAUGGAAAAGGUUUCCAUGGCUGCUGUCCCUUCUGUAACCAUGGUUUCAAAACAGGAAGUGACCUUUUAAGUUAAACUAAAGGAGGAGCAUCCACGUUUGCCAACGAAAGAAGUGAAAUUUGCUGGUAUCUGAGCUACAGUAUAACGGUGCGGAACAAAACUUCUGCAGGACAAAAGCAUUUUCAGUAGAAUUCCAGGCUUUCAGGCAUACUCGUCACUACAGCUGAAGGAUUGAACACCCAUCGAUGAGACGCGCCAUAUCCUCAGAUUGACCAAUAGCUGCUGCUUUCAUACUUUUUAAAUGGGUUAAAUCCCAGGGGUGCGUGCGUGUGUGUGUGCGUGCGCGUGUGUGCAGUAUAUAUAUGUGGGGUGUAUAUGUAUAUCAAAAUAUACACUUCUUUUUGUACAUAAGUUUUGUAUGUUCUCACAGAAGCUUUCCUCUUCUCAGAAGUGUGUACUUAUCUUUUCCCCAUUUCCCUGGAGUGACUGAAUCCUAAACAGAUUAUUUUUAUACUAAGGACUCUUGGGAGUAGGUUUUCUCUCAUUAACAAAUGAGGAAAAUGUGCUGGGAGCCAAAGGAGCAGAAAUCUGAGAUUUAUGGGUACUUUCAAGACCAAACGAAGUAGGAGUCCCCUGACCUGAGAUACUGAGUUUUCUGUUCUUACAGCAUUGAGUAUAUAUAUUGUUUGUUGUAACAUAUUUAAAAUGUCUUUAGUUUAAAUUUAAACUUCAUAUAAAUUAUUGACUGUUUAUGAUCCUUUCUGGGAGGGUAGAAUUUGGGGGAUUGUUUGGUCUUAAAGUGGUCCAAAGAUUUCAGAAUGAACUAAUUUUAGCUGAUUACCCUUUUAGGAGCUAUGGAGCACAUGUUAAGUUUAUACUUGACAAGGCUUUAUAAUACAGUUUCAUGAUUUAUAUAAUGCAGUCAGCUGGCUCCAGUUGAAGCCCUGAGAUAAAGUAGUUGGGACUUGACUUGGCUGUUGGGGGCUGAAGGACACCGGGAUGUCCCUGUCCUGAGUCCUGCUGCUUCUUUACCCCAACUCCCUUGCUUUGCCUUCUGCGCGUGUUGUGCCGCAGAAGAAACCGGCAAGGGGAAGAGCAAGGACUCUACCAAAAAGAGACACUAAGCCAAUCUAAGGGGGGAGAGCACGAGGCUCUUGGCUCUGUACAUGAAGCAGAAGCUGAACGUGACUGUGGUUAGCUACCCGCUGCCUGUCUGCUGCUGCUCGGGCGUCUGGCCUAGUGCUGCCUGCGGGCCUUCGAUGCUUUCCUGAGAUACCUGCGCUGUGCCCUGCGCCUUUCCCAGGGCACGUGUUAGCCACUGCUUUCAGCUCUUCAGGAUGUUAACUUUCUGUCUUUUGGACUGUGCUUUGUUUUGCUGCUGUUUGCAUAAAAGACAGAGCUGAUCAGCACAAGAUGUUAGAAAAUAAUUGUGAAACUAGAUGUGUCUCACAGUGAUGAGGGAGUGUGCUGGCAGGGAGAGGUGCUAAAGCAAGAAAUGAACACUAUUACAGAUAUUGCAGGCCAUUGUAGUACAGGAGGGGAUUUUAAAAGGGGAGAGAUUGCUCAGUUCUCCACUUCUCCUCUUGGAGAAGUCCAGUGAAAAAGAGCAUGCGUACUUAUUCUCUCUUCUGGGUGAAAAUGAGGUUUUUCUGAUUUGGUGAGAGUGGGGACACUACACAAAACUGACGUGUGGCUUUUUAUUCCAGCCCAGGCAGGGCCGCUUCUUUCUCCCUGUAACUGAGUGAAACAGGGCUGGAGUUCGUAGGGAAGCACCUCUCAGCUCCCGCUCCACUCGAGCCAAACCGUAGUUAAACCUGUUAGGACAACAUCUGCGGAGGGUUAUGGACUCUGCACCACCAGGACUUGUCAGCCCUUUGGGCUUGUUAAAUCUGGUCUGUUUGAACCGAGGUGAAAAGUACAAAAAGACUGCUCGCAAAGUUAGAUGGAAAAUAGGCAGUAUGAACAUGGGGUAAGAACCUUCAAUUUCUAAAGGCCUCGUUUACAUUUCUUCUGCUUUACAAAGUAGUAACUGUUUAGCAGCUCUAUGCUACACUGCAGGAAAGAAGACAUAUUCUCACACUUUUCUAAGGAAGAGAAGCUUUUCUUACUAGAAAUUUUUUAUUUAUUUUAAUAUAUAAAACACUGUAAAAAAACCAAACAAUUUGUUUUCUUAAACACACAGAACAUGUAAAUUUGUAUUGGUAAAAACUUGGCAGGUGGAUAUGGUGGGAUUAUUUUCAUCCUGUUCUGGUGCAGUCUACCUCAGUGUUUCUUAAGGAUAUUUUUAAUACUGUGCACCUCUAAACUUGUUUAAAUAUUCUGGUCUGGACCUAUUGUGGAUCAGGGAAAAUCAAUAUCAGCUGAUUCCAAUACUAGGGACCAUUCACUGAAGGGAAUGGGUAAGAACAGCUAGUCAGCAUUUAUCAUUAAUCUGAGCAGUAGUGACCAAAGGAACCUGUUUACAGUUUCGCAUGCACAAUAGCCAAUUUGGAUCUGAUAUCCUCUUAGUUCUGUUGUGAUUUAAAAAGAAAAAAAAAAAGCAAGCCAUUUAAAUAUUUGGACUUUGCAAAUUAAUGACCUAAAAGGAAUAGACAGCUUCCUUCUGGAGCUGUGUUUGCCAGUGUGGACCAGUGACUGUGACUAGCCCUUGUUCUGGUUGAAUUUGGCUCUCUCGGUCACAUGCCUUUCUCACUGCACAGGUAAUCUGGAGUAAUGCCAGUAGGAGGGUGUGACCUUCUGGAGUAAACCUUUCCCACACCUCAUUGUUUUGGUAAGAUUUUAAAUUGCAGCAAUCAUAACUGUAGGAAUAGAAGAUCUAUUACAUAAACAAACAUUGGAACCUUGUGUUGGGUCAGGCUUUUAAAUUCACUUGAUAUUGGUUGGCCCUCUGAGUUCACAUGAUUUGCAACACUCAGAUCACCGAACAAGGGAAUAUGUGUUUUGCUUUGUGGACAGGCGGUCCAUUCACGUGGCUCAUGUUGUCAUCUUCACUCUGCACCAAACUGAGCAGUUGUUUAUACCCAGUACAGUGCGUAAAGAUUUCUCCGGUCACCUUUCUAUAUUGUGCCAAGGAUAAGGAAAGACGUAUGGUACUAGUGGUAAAAAUAUAUUUUUUCCCGACAGCUAGUCCCUUUAAAAAUAAAAAAAAACACUAGUGGUUGCCACUCAUGGCUGUUAAAGAUUACACUUACCUAGCUAUAGAAUUAGGAAGAGUAAAUGACGACCUUCUGUAAAGCCCAGCUCUCACUUCUGGAAAAUCCUUUACUUUCAGCCCGCAGUUGACACUUUGGUCUCUAUUGUUGGAAGAUCUUUACCCUGGGCAUGCAGAAGUCCCUCGCUUGGAUCUUGCUGAUACCUGUUCAGAGAUGACAGGGGCUGUGUGUAAGUCGAGAUUGCAUUUGUUAGAUGAAACCUUCUCUAUAUGAGGUGUUGCUCAGAAUUCAUUUCCAGGAAGGGGUGUUAUGCAACAGGUGGCUGUGCCUUCAUCCGGGGAGCUGCCGCUCUUCAGCUGGGCGAGAUCCCUAUCGGGGUGAGACUGUCACAGCUGCAGCAGAAGCACAAGCACAUGCUACUAAGUGAUAAGUGGAGCCAAAUGGUGGUGCAGGAAACCAGGUGGAGUGGCUGGAGGAGGGCAGCUCUGACCAGCAGGUGGGAAGCUCUUUUUUUUUCUUGAGAUUGCAUUUGCCUUGGGGCUGGAUCCUGCCCUUUGCAGAAGGGCAGCUGAGAAGUUCCCACUUGCAUCACAGGGCAAAGCCUCGAAUGUGUUUAGGAGGAGUGAUCGCCUCCUGUGUGUGGUUCAGGGACAGCGAGGGGCACCACCAAGUAGCCAGAGCUUCACCAUCUCUAAAGCUAGUAAAGCAGGAAGCACAAGAAACAGCUUUCUAUGCUCUGCUGUGUUUCUAUUGAGCAAAUAUUUGAAGGGUGAGACUGGAGAGGUUUCUGAGAAACGUUUGCACGUUAAAUUCAAUCGCCACUUCCUGAAUGCCUCUUGCAAAUCUGGUACUUCUCUUGCAGUACAGUGCAGCAUUGCAAAGCUUGUCUGUUAGGUUAAAAACAUGGCUUUCUUGGCUGCUUGUAAAUACUCUGUGUUGUAAAAUAGAAGAGCUAAUCAACAUAAACUCUGUGCCAGCACAGAGUCAGAACCGUGAUAGGAAAUAGACCAAGCUGCAACAACGCUAUUUUACGUUGACAGUAAAGCAGCUGUGUUGGUAUGAAGAGGCUGCUCUUAGGUUGCUAAAGGGUACUCUUAAUUUAUGGGUAGUAUAUCUCUCUCCUCCUAAAUUUGUAUUAUAGUAAUGGGACACUUUGCUUAAUUUUAGUAUGUUGCAUAUAAUGUUGGUAUCUCUUUGGAAAAAUCUCCAAGUUGCUUAUUGUGUUAUUGACCUAAAUAUAUGAUGAAGGCAAACAGGAAAAGACAGGAGCAAGGAGGGUACUGUGUCAGUUAUCCUAGAGCCUCCCUGUUUAGGGAGGGAGAGAGGCAAUCAAGUUCCCUCUUAAUGUCACUGUGAUAGGAAGACGGACCCUGAGAUGCUCCGGGCCCCUCACUGCUAGCAGUGAUUCCUGCUCUCAAGACUGGAACCUUGUUUUACAAGUCAGAAAAUAAACCAGUAUCUUUGUGCCAUAAAACCUUAGUCUAAAGGCUGUGCUAGGUGCUCCCGUGAUCCAUGUGAGAUUGGUUCAGAGACUGUGGAGUAAUGGCAGAGUGAACAAGAAACGGCAGAAAACCCUCUGAUCCUCUCGCUGUGUCCUAGCCUCCCUCGAAGCUGCCUCACCUGACUUCUCGUGGGAAGACUUGCAGGCCGGGCGGGCUUGGCGUGUCAGGAGCUCGCUCCCCUCCGCAGAGCAGCUGAUGCCCCUCGUAGUUUCCUGUGCGUGUUUUCCAGGGAAAGGAGCUGUCGAAUGGAUUGGAAUCAAGAAAUAGUAACUUCAGAAAUGCAUACAAUUCAAAAUAAGAUUAGUUAAUGUUUGUAUGAACUUAAUUAAAUUUGGCCUUUUUAUUACCUUCUGCUUGGCUCUGUGUUAACUCUGCUUUGGAUACUGUAUGUGACUGUUGGUGUAAGAGCAUUAACAUGCUUCAACCUGUUCUGUUUUGGCUUGCCUUGUUACGGACAUCACAAGAGUGAAGCCAGUAGUAAAAUUGACUUUUGGAGGAAUCGGACUAUUCAAAAGCAAUCAUAAAGCUACCAUUUUUAGUAAAUCUGCUGUCAUUAACUGUGCAUUUCUUUUUAAAAUUAAAUUGCUUGUCCUUUUCAAAAGUAAGCACUUAUUCUUGCAGUUUCAGCAAAUCAACUGCAGCACAAUGCAAGCUAUAAGGGGACAGGUAGAGAAAUGACUUUUUAAAUAUUGUAUAAUAAAGUUAGUAUCAACUCC